AUACCGCCUAACAUUACUAAUGUCAUAUUCAUCUCGAGGCCGCAGUUAGAGCUCAUGGAUCUGAUUACCGAGAAUGUUCAUGGAGAAGAGGGCAAGAGGCCGCGUAAAGAGUUUCACUUGUUCUUUGUGCCACACAAGAGUCUACUUUGUCAAAAGAAGCUCCAGAAUCGCGGUGUCUUUGGCAGCUUCACGCUGAUAGAAGAAUUUAAAUGUGAUCUUUUUCCGUUUGACAACGAUCUGCUAUCGAUGGAAGUGAGCGGAUCCUUCAAGGUGUUCCACUUGGAAAAUGAUCCCACUUGCCUGUAUCAAAUCGCGCAGGCCAUACAAGGCUUGCAAAAAUUGUACGGGAAAAUCUCGAAAGUCACGGGAAGGGGACCAGCUGCCAGCAAGGUUUGGGAAUUGCUGGAAAGGCUAAAUAGAGAAGAGGAAGAUAACAAAUCACUCCCGGUCUCGGGCUCCGUUGCCAUUGAACACUUAUUAUUACUGGAUCGAUCUAUAGAUUUACUCUCGCCUCUAGUUACGCAGUUGACAUAUGAAGGGUUAAUCGAUGAAAUAUACGGAAUAAAGUACAAUACUGUGCAAUUACCUGCAAGAAAAUUCCAUGAUUCUGACGAUUCUCCCACAUCAAUGUCUCUAAACGAUAAGGAACAAAUCAUAUUAAAUUCAGGAGAAGAACUUUUUGCUGAGAUCAGAGAUAAAAAUUUCAAUGGUGUUGGCCCAGUUCUUAGUAAGAAAGCUAAAGUAAUUUCAUCACAGUUUGACGAGAGACACGGAGACAAGAGCGUUCAAGAAAUUAAACAGUUUGUUGCGAGAUUACCACAUAUGCAACAAAGCAAUCUUUAGCACAUCACAAUCGCCGAGAUGAUAAAAGAGGUAACCGACUCGAGCAACUUUUUGGAAUCGUUGCAAGUCGAGCAAGAACUGUUAAACUGUAUCGACACGGACAAGCCAAAUGCGUACAUCGAAGAUAUGAUAGCGCAGCAACAACCGUUACUCAAAGUUCUACGUCUCCUUUGCAUACAAUCGUUGACAAACUCCGGUCUAAAACCAAAACUGCUAGAUUACUAUAAGAGAGAAAUAAUUCACACUUAUGGAUUCCAACAUUUGCCAACUAUAUUAAAUCUGGAAAAGGCUGGAUUAUUGAAGCAACAGCAGUCAGUGCGACAAUACGCAGUUUUAAGAAAAGCAUUGAGGCUCACUGUCGAGGACGAGAGUGAAAUAGCACCGAAAGAUAUCAGUUACGUACAUUCCAUAUAUGCACCGCUGAGCGUGAGACUAGCGGAGCAACUGGUACAACUAAACGGAUGGCAAGGAUUGAACGACGUGAUGGGAUUAUUACCAGGACCUACCAUAAGCAGCGUCCCGUACAAUGUAUCCUCAUCAGUAAGACGAAAUUCUAUUACCAGCGAAGAUUCUAGUUCGGAACCACCAAAAUUAAUACUAGUAUUUUUUAUCGGAGGAUGCACUUUUGCCGAGAUAUCUGCUCUCCGGUUUCUAUCGCAACAAGAAGAUUGUUGCUUCAGUUACGAAAUUAUAAAAACAUUUACCAGCACACACAGCAGAAACAAACAGAAACUUCAGGAUAGGACAAUCAAAUAAGCAUUUUAUUCUAUCCGUAUUCCUUCUAUUAAUAAAGUAGAAAACAGAAGAGCAUCAAAUAGCAUUUUAUUCUAUCCGUAUUCCUUCUAUUAAUAAAGUAGAAAACAGAAGAGAGAAUGGAAAUGAAACCAAGAAAAGAGGAUGAACUGACAUUUUCUUAUGAUGUGGUCCGCCCACUAUAUAAAGACUCAC